GAAACGCAUAUGGCAACUUGGUCAUGCAUGAAUGUUGCCCCUAAAUAUUGCUCCGUUCAGAAACGACCCUUAAUCGUCCCACGCCAACCCACUACUCUGGGACUUUCCUCGGCCUUCAAGCCGAUCUUAAGAGCGAUACCUCAAAUUCCGCUGCAAAUUGAUGCUUCCAAAACCUUGACACACAUUAAAACUAAGUUUCUUAACGCUGUUGUGGACUCAGCUUUUGAGUUUGUUGACCAGCUAGUGCUUCCAUCUCAGAGUAACUUUGCUCCGGUGGAGGAGUUAGAGGAAGCCAUGUCUAUCACUAACAUUGAAGGUCACAUACCAGAUCACUUUCCAGAGGGAGUCUACAUUAGAAAUGGUUCAAACCCACGGUUUGGAGGAUUGAAAUCAUGCAAGUCUAUGUUUGGGAGGACAAAUAGCGUUUGGGUGGAAGGAGAAGGAAUGCUUCAUGGUUUGUAUUUCAAAAGGCAAAAUGAGGGUUGCUGCACUAUCGUCUACAACAAGAGAUAUGUUGAAACUGAAACAUACAAGCUCGAGAAACAAAGCACCAAGCCUUUGUUUCUCCCUGCUGUAAAAGGAGACUCAUUGGCCGUUUUGUGUUCAAUGCUUCUAAACGGGCUGAGAUUUGGAAAACUAAAUAAAGAUUAUAGCAACACCAAUGUAUUUGAGCAUUCGGGCAAGUUCUACUCGGUUUCCGAGAAUCACAUGCCACAAGAGAUUGAUGUAUUCACGCUAGAUACUUUAAAAUAUUGGGAUGUCAAUGGAGCAUGGAAUCGCCCUUUCACCAGUCACCCCAAGAAAGUUCCUGAUACAGGAGAGCUGGUUAUUUUUGGGGUAGAUGCAACUAAACCUUAUCUUGAGAUUGGAAUAGUUUCUGCUGAUGGAAAGGAAUUGAUUCGUAAAGAAGACAUAAAACUAGAGAGAUGCUCUUUAUGUCAUGAUAUAGGUAUAACAAGCAGGUAUAUAGCAAUAUUGGACUUUCCACUGAUUGUAGAUUCAAACAGGCUAUUUAGAAGAGGCCCAUUAAUCAAGUACGACAAGGAGAAAUAUUCCAGGAUUGGGAUAAUGCCUCUCUAUGGUGAUGCAAACUCAAUCCAGUGGUUUGAGGUGGAACCUAAUACCACAUUUCACAUCAUCAAUUCUUUUGAGGAAGGUCAUGAGGUUGUGUUGUGGGGCUGUAGAGCACUAGAUUCAAUAAUUCCAGGACCUGAGGGUGGUUUAAAUGAAUCUAAGUUGUUCUCUCGGUGUUAUGAGUGGCGAUUAAACAUGAAAAGCGGGGAGGUUAAGGAGAAAUAUCUCACUGAACCAGAACAGUUUAUGGAUUUCCCAGUAAUUAAUGCAAGUUUUACAGGAAUUAAGAAUAGAUACGGAUACACCCAAGUGGUUGAUCCCACUGCAAGUUAUGCUGCAGAUAUUCCUAAAUAUGGAGCUUUAGCGAAGCUAUACUUUGAAGAAACUUGUUCAGAAGUCCCAGCGGGAGAUACACAAGAAGAAGAGCCUAUAAGGGUGGAAUACCACAAAUUUGAAAGUAAUGUAUUUUGCAGUGGAUCUGCCUUUGUCCCCAAGGAAGGUGGCCUUGAAGAAGAUGAUGGUUGGAUAAUUACUUAUAUUCACAAUGAGGAUACUGGCAUAUCUCAAGUUCAUAUAAUUGACACAAAGAAGUUUUCUGGAGAAGCAGUUGCCAAAAUAACCAUGCCUUGCAGAGUUCCAUAUGGAUUUCACGGAGCUUUCAUGCCAAUUUCAUUUUAGGCGUGGUAGCUAUAUAUAGGAUUGUCAUAUGUUGUUUGUAUUAAGUUGUAACUAAUGCUACGAUUAUCUAUUUUUCUUUAAUUCAGUCACCGUUAUUUAAAUAAAAAAUAAAUU